GAAUCAUGGAAGGAACUAACCAUUUGAGCUGCAAGGUCAUACAACACUUCCAAGAAUUUAUUUAGACAAACACAAAUGCGACUGGUUUUUUUUAAUGAGUGAGGCCCAUUAAAGAAAUAGUAUGAUAUUAUAGGCCCAAACAAUCCCAAAACCCUUGGCCUUUUUCUGUCGCGCUAAACCCUACGAUCUAGAACCUUCCGUCUUAUGUGUCUCUGCCCCAAAUUAAAAACUCAGAAACCCUAGAAAAUUCCGAUUCAUCAACUGAGAGAGAAGAAGAAUUGAGAAAUGAUGAAGCGUCUGAUCCCAACGUUCAACCGCAUCUUGGUGCAGAGAGUCAUCCAGCCCGCUAAAACCGAAAGCGGCAUUCUCCUACCUGAGAAAUCCUCCAAGCUGAACUCAGGCAAGGUGAUAGCUGUUGGACCUGGAUCAAGGGAUAAGGACGGGAAAUUGAUUCCGGUCUCUGUGAAGGAAGGCGACACUGUUCUUCUUCCAGAGUACGGUGGUACACAGGUCAAGCUCGGCGAGAACGACUAAUCAUGUUCAGGAAUCAUUAUCCAUUAAUUAGAUUAAUGGAUGGAACUAAGGGAAUUACUUGUAAGACUGUGAAGAUAUUGAAAAUUUUGUAACAGAGGAUUUAAAAACAUUUUGAUCAAUGUUUAAUAAUGCCAAUUUGAACACCAGAUUUACAUAUUGAUUGGUGGGUUGAUUUUAGAAACGAAUAAGAAAUUACAAAUGAAGAAGAAUUUGACUCAAAGUGAGUAACUUUUGUGUUUGUGUGAUGGACGCAGGUACCAUCUCUUCCGGGACGAGGAUGUUUUGGGAACUUUGCACGAGGAUUGAAAAGGCUAAGCUUGCCAACUUAACCACGAGGGUUCAUGUUGGUGUUUGUGUUAUGAGGAGAAGUCAUUUAUAAAUUAGUUUAUCUUGAAGAUGUGGUUGGACUUUGUUGUCGUUUAUCAUUGAAUCUACCUUUAUGAACCUGUCUUUGAAUUUUUACAAAUGGGCAUCAAUCACAUGGAUAACCCAAGUGUUGCAUCUUCUCAUUUUGUGCUUUUCCGUAAUCUGUGGAUGCUUUUCGUUUACGUUUAGGCAGCAACUUCAAUAGCCAAUGUAGACGAUAGCUUAGUUGACUUUGCUUAUUCAUGAUCAUGCUAUAACAAAAGAAAUAAGCUCAUUUGGCCGCAUGGCUUUUUUUAUAUAGCAUCUCCUUCUUCACAUAUUGACAACUGAAUCAGGUCGAGAAGUAGGUCCAUGUCUAUGCAUUCUGAAAGUUGUGUCUUU